AUGGACGUUAUCAUUUGUAACUCACAAACCAACAACCCAAAAAAACUCAACAUGAAGUUCCUUAUCUGUUUGGCUCUCUUCAUUGCCGCUGCUCAAGCUGGUGUUGUAGCUCCCAUUACCACUUAUAGUGCUGGUUAUACCACAUAUGCUGCUGCUGCUCCUGCUUAUACCAGUUACUCUGCUGUUGCUCCUGCUUAUACCACCUACUCGGCUGCUGCUCCAGCUUACACGACAUACUCUGCCGCCGCUGCUGUUCCUGCCUACACUUCAUCUGUUUACAGUGCUCCAGCUUAUACUUCAUCGUUAGCUUAUACUGCUCCAGUUGCUUAUGCCGCUCCCGUAGCUACUUUAUUGAAGAAGUAA